CGCCCCUCCCGGUCGCCCCGGCAACGCCGGCCGGGCCCAACAUGGCGUCGUCGGUGCGGGCCGGGCCGCGGCUGCGGCGGGCGGUGCGGGCCGGCGAGUUGGCAGCGCUGCCCGCCGGGCUGAGGGAUGAGUUGGAGGCGGCGCUGGCGGAGGAAGGAGGGCUGGUGCCUUUCAGCCUGCUGCGGGGGCUGCACGCCGCGCUGCGGGAGGCAGGGUCUCCGCUGCACCUACACGAGCUGCUGGAAGGAUGCGAGAUCCACCUGCCCGAGGUGCCGGUGCCGCCGCGGAACCCCGAGCUGGUGGCCCGGCUGGAGCGGAUCAAGGCCAAGCUGGCACACGAGGAGUACAAGCGGAUGACCCGCAACAUCACCGGCCAGGAGAUGAACGGGCCAUUGGCUGAAUUUGGGAGGCAAGUUCGCUCCGUGAAAGCCGUCGUCAUCACCAUCUUCAACUUCAUUGUCACCGUGGUGGCCGCCUUUGCCUGCACCUACCUGGGCAGCCAGUACGUGUUCGCAGAGACAGCGGCGGUGAGCGAGCCCAGCCCCUGGCAGCCCCUCUGUGCUGGCCAGGCCGGACACCCAGGGUCACCCCUCUCUCUCUUGUGUCCCCAGCGUGUCCUGUCAGCUGUCAUUGUGGCCUCGGUGGUGGGCUUGGCCGAGUUGUACGUGAUGGUGCGGACCCUCGAAGGGGACCUUGGGAAACUGUGACCGUGAACUGCAGGCUUCGUGCUGGAGGAUUUUGUCCUCCCCAGGAGCUGCUAAUUUGGGACAGAUCUUGUCCUGUCUCUACCUGUUCCUGCUGUGGGAAGACUGCUGCACUCCUCAGGCUCGUCCUUUGCUUCCUGCUCCUGAAAUGAAUCAUGGGUUGGAAAUCCCAGAGCUGCAGAACAGGAGAGGGAAUGGCUGUGGACUCCAACCACUCCAGCAGGGAGAGGGGCACCAGCUCCUGUCAUCCCUGUUCUGGGAAAUUCCUGUCCUUUUAUUCUGGGAAUAAAUAACACUGUGUGUUUGUAACCUU